CUACAUUUUGAAAUUUCAGAAAAUACAGAAGUUGAAACCGGAUACUGAAUCCCAAGAGUGAAGUUUCGAUUUCUUCAGAGUUUGUAGUGUUCUAUGGCGAGAGUGAAGCACACGCCAGCUUCGCGCAAAGUUGGUAAAGGUAAAGCCAAACGCGCUUCCACGUCCACGCCACAGAUACCGUCACAGCAAUCGCCUGUGACUAGAAGUAAUACAAGGGUUCAACAACAAGAGGAGCCGCAGGAGGAAGAAACAGCAGCAGCAGCGCCACAGACGCAGGGAAAGAGGAAAAAGCGCAGUAAGCCAGGAGCAGCGGCGCUUCGCGAGAUUCGACGGUUUCAGAAGAGUUGCGAGCUUCUUAUCCCGGCUGCCCCCUUUAUCAGAUGUGUCAAACAAAUUACACAUCAAUUCUCUACAGAGGUGACUCGCUGGACGCCUGAAGCUGUGGUAGCACUGCAGGAGGCAGCUGAGGAAUGUCUGGUUCACUUGUUUCAAGAUGGAAUGCUUUGUGCAAUUCACGCUCGGCGUAUUACACUUAUGACAAAGGAUAUUCAGUUGGCCCGGAGGCUUGGAGGAAUAGGAAGGCCUUGGUGAAUGUACAAUGCCAGAAGUAAACACCACCAUUACUGCUUUUGUCUGUAAACUCUCUGCCAAAUUAGAGUGAUUAUUUGGUAUUAUAUAUUAGGAAAUAUAAUGUCACUCACUUUGUAGUUUAAACAACAAUGAUAGAAUUCAUUAAGAAACAACCAUUAUAGUAUGGUUUUUACCAUGACUUUAAACUGAUUAGUGACAUAGUGGUGUAAAAAUUGUAGCAAUUAAAUAUUUCAAGUUAUUUCCAUUUAUACUGUAUUAGGAAUACCAGGUUAUAAUU